CUGAUGUCAUAUCUUCAUCCGCUGUUCUCCCUUUUUACCCUUCACUGACUUCUUAGAGUUACAUUUUUCUCAACACUAAAUGGGACAAGGUACCUAUCAUACAGAGGACACCAAAAAGGAGAGGAGCAAUGAUCAUGCUGUCACUCUCCAGGAGGAUUUGCACACUGAAACCAAGGCUGAAAAGACAAGAAGGGACAAGGAGAAGAAAAAGUUGCAAAAACCUGCCAGCAGUAAAGUAGCGAGUACAGCAAAGCAACCAAACCAGAAAGCUAACAGUAAGGACUCUGAAAAGCCCAAUGCAGCGAAAGUCACAAAAAGCAAGCAGAAGAAAACUUCUACAACACUGGUUAAGAAGCCACCAACUAGAGACAUGAUGAGAUCAGUGAAUGGCGGGCCGGCUCACUCACCCUGUCCAAGUAAAGAAUCAGAGCGAGAAACAGAGAUUCGGCUUUUGCAAGUUGAGUGUGAUGAGCUAAGGACCAGACUUGGAUGUCUGAAGGAGGGAUUAAUAGGUCAAAAGCCAAGUGAUGUCGAGCAUUUGCUGAAGCAGUCCCAGAAGGAGCUACUGUGGCUGCAGAGACAGCUGUCAUUCAUCUCCAAUGGAGGUCCACCAUGCAUCCUGUCCCCGAACAAGCUGAGAAAUGAUCUCCAGUGCCUACCACCAUCCGUGCAACACAGAACAUACAAUCAGAUCCAUCUCCUAGAGGAGAAAAGCAGCUCAUUCAAAUCUCAUGUCACUUCGGUAUCUCCAGAAAAGGUGCAGUGGAGCUUUCUAGAAAAUGAACUAAAAGAUGCAGUUCAAGAUAAGAGUCGCUUAAGUCUCCAGUAUGCCAGCUUAUCCCACAGGGCCUUGCAGUAUGACCAGGUGAAGUUGGACUAUGAACAACUUCGAGAGACUCUUGCUAUAGUCUCCAAGGAACGAGAUUUGGCUGUGAAGGAGAAAUAUCAGCUCCAAGCCAAACUGGAGAACUUAGAGCAGGUCCUAAAGCAUAUGCGAGAGGCUGCUGAGCGGCGGCAACAGCUGGAAUUAGAGCAUGAGCAAGCGUUGGCUGUUCUCAAUGCAAAACAGCAGGAGAUUGAGCUUCUACAAAAGGCCCAGGUCGAAGCCAAGAAGGAACAUGAAGGUGCAGUUCAGCUACUAGAGAACACUUUGGACAGCAUGCAGGCCAAGGUUCGAGAGUUGGAGGAGAAAUGUCGAACGCAAAGUGAACAGUUUAAUCUCCUUUCUCGGGAGCUGGAAAAGUUCCGUCAACAAGCUGGAAACAUUGACUUGUUGAGUGGCAACGCAGUUUGUUAUUCUGAUGUACCUGGCUCCCCCAAUAAAGCUUUUGUCCAGUUAAUGAAUGGAAUAGCAACUACCAUUGGCAAAGGUCAUGAAAGUCCCACUGGUAGCAGGUCCUUGAUUUCUGAGUUUAUUCGCCCACUUCAAAUUACAGGGGACAAGCCAGAACUGCUGUCCGUUAAACCCACUUUUCUCUCACGAUCCCGGUCUGGCAGCCCAAGGCACAGGUUUGAAUCAGACAUGGAUAAUGAACAGAAUACGAAUACCUCAAAGCAAAGAUACUCUGGGAAAGUCCACCUUUGUAUUGCACGCUAUAGUUAUAAUCCAUUUGAUGGACCAAAUGAAAACCCAGAGGCAGAACUUCCACUGGUGGCAGGAAAAUACCUCUAUGUUUAUGGAGAUAUGGACGAGGAUGGGUUCUAUGAAGGAGAAUUGCUGGAUGGCCAGAGGGGACUUGUACCUUCAAAUUUUGUGGAUUUUGUUCAAAAUGAAGAAUUUCAUGUGUCCAACACCUUGGCCAAUGAACAGGAAGAAAAUUUCCUCAAUCGCUCAGCUCCUCUUCUUCAAGGAGAACACAAGCUAGAAAUUACCCUACCGAUCCACAUAGAGUCCAGUGUGCUGAACAAUGGCACAGGGGCCAUGGAAGUGAACAUUGAUGAGAUUGGAGAAGACAUUGUGCCUUAUCCUCGGAAAAUAACCCUUAUCAAACAACUCGCCAAAAGUGUUAUUGUGGGCUGGGAGCCACCACUAGUGCCACUGGGCUGGGGUACAAUCCACAGCUAUAAUGUGUUGGUGGGAAAAGAAGUCCGUGCAACUUUGAGCUUUGGAAGCAGAACCAAAUGUCUACUUGAAAAACUGGAUCUUGCCACAGUUACAUACCGUAUAUCAAUUCAGACAGUCACAGAUCGGGGCACCUCUGAUGAGCUCCAGUGCACUUUGUUGGUUGGGAAAGAUGUUAUUGUUGCUCCUUCCCAUCCUAAGGUGGAUAAUAUUACCCCCAUGUCUGCUGAGCUUUCAUGGCUCCCAAGCAACAGCAAUUAUAGCCACAUUAUAUUCUUGAAUGAUGAGGAAUAUGACAUUGUUAAGGCUGCAAGUUACAAGUAUCACUUUAUCAACUUAAAACCCAACACAACGUACAAAGUCAAACUUCUUGCAAAGCCCCACCAAAUGCCAUGGCAGCUUCCUUUGGAACAGAGGGAAAGAAAGGAAGCCUAUGCAGAGUUUUCUACUCAUCCAUCGGGUCCUCCUAUACCACCUGAAGAGGUUGCUGUGCAUCCUGGACCUACACCCAUUACACUGCUGGUUACAUGGAGACCACCCGUACUGUCUCCCACCGGAACCUCUAAUGGAGCCCAUGUCACUGGCUUUGCUGUGUAUUCUAAAGGGCAGAAGGUGGCAGAAGUUGUGUUUCCUGCAGCAGAGAACAUUGUAGUGGACCUCUUGAAAAUACUCAAUUUGGAUGCCAACGAAGUUACAGUGAGGACCCUGUCUGCCCAAGGGGAAUCUGAAGACUCAUGCACUGCUGUCAUUCCAUCUGAUUUAUUGAUGACUCCAGCACAACAACAUCCAAGGACUAUGUCCAAAUGCAAGCCAUUAGCUACUGCUGGUGUAUCAGAUACCAAAGAUGAACAUGUAUGCCCACACCGAAAACUGGAUGAUGCUUGGGACCAUUCCCAUAUAGUGUCACCUAUCCACGGGCAUACACUGGAACCUCCAACAUCAAAUUUUCAUAGUCCAGGUCAUGGUAGAAGGUCUCCGUCUCCUCAGCGGAUACUUCCACAACCUCAAGGUGCACCCAUUUCUAACACGAUGGCCAAAGCAAUCGCAAGAGAAGCAGCGCAAAGGGUUGCAGAGAGUACCAGGAAUGAGAAGAGGAACCUGUACAGUGAGAGGAGCAAUGCAGUACAUGAUAUCUCAGAUGAAGAAGAGGAUGGCUAUGAUUCUCCACGGAUCAAAAGAAAAGGGGCUUCUGUUGAUGAGUUCCUGAAAGGCUCUGAGCUUGGUAAACAGCCUCAUUAUUGUCCUGGCGAUGACUAUCAUACUGAAAGCAGUAGGGGCUCUGAUCUAUCAGACAUCUUGGAAGAAGAUGAGGAGGAACUUUAUUCAGAGAUGCAGCUAGAGGAUGGAGGCAGGAGACGUGUCAGUGUUACUUCUCACAACACCCUUAAGCUUCUAGGCAAUCACUCUACAUUGGGAAGAACCGAAAGAGCUGAUCAUCCCAUGCGAAGGUUUUCUCAUGGUAGCACGGUGCAACAAAGACCUCGACCUAUGAUGGUCCCAUCUAUUGAAAUUACAAUGGACAGUAACAGUGAAGGUGGUCGUUCUCGGUCAGGUAGUGAGGGAAAUAUUUCACCCGUAAAAGAAGAAACUUAUUAUCGCAGCAUUGGAGGACACAGGAAGUGGUCUCUACAGCGUACCAGGGCCUCUGAGGAUAGAUACGAUAGUUAUGGAAACCGGGAAAAUAUGUCAUCUGAGAUGUACGAGGAAUCUGAAACAGAUGGUGGGAUGGAUGAUUAUCCAGUACGAAUAUUUGUAGCACUGUUUGACUAUGACCCAAGAACUAUGUCACCAAAUCCAGAUGCUGCAGAAGAAGAACUUCCCUUUAAGGAAGGACAAAUAAUUAAGGUAUAUGGUGAUAAAGAUUCAGAUGGUUUUUACAAGGGUGAAAGUUGUGGUAGAUCUGGGUAUAUUCCCUGCAAUAUGGUGUCUGAAAUUCAAGCUGAUGAUGAAGAAAUGAUGGACCAGCUUAUUAAACAAGGAUUUCUACCCUUGAAUACUCCAGUGGAAAAAAUUGUCAACUGUGAACGUUUCAAAGAGAGCUCUCGCUCUGUACACCGCAGAUCCAGAAAGUCUAAACGAGAACGAAACAGGAGAAGUGGGAGGCAACACUCUGUUUCUACAAGAAGAAUGGUUGCUUUGUAUGACUAUGACCCAAGAGAGAGCUCGCCUAAUGUUGAUGUUGAGGCGGAGCUAACGUUUUGCACAGGUGAUAUAAUAACUGUGUUUGGUGAAAUUGAUGAAGAUGGAUUUUAUUAUGGUGAACUAAAUGGACAUAAAGGCCUUGUCCCCUCUAAUUUUCUGGAAGAAGUGCCUGAUGAUGUUGAGGUUUACCUUUCUGAUGCACCAUCUCGAUACCCUCCUGACACCCCUAUGCGAACAAAAGUUAAGAGGGCUCCAUCCGAGAAUACAAGUACACCAAGGAGAGCACCGUCACCAACAGUUCACCUUCAUUCUGUGUCACCACCAUCUUCCAUGGGUUCAGGGAGCCCCAUGAGAAGCAGAGAUCGCGCGUCAAAGAAGAAAAAAGGUCUGCUAUCCAAAGGAAAAAAGUUAUUAAAAAAGCUUGGGGCUGUAAAAUAAGUUACCUCUGACAAACAUUCAACUUCAGCUGAAUUUUACAUGUAAGGUUAAUUCGGUCUUUAGACAUAACGAGGGCAUUCUUAUAUGGACAGAAGGACCCUCAGCUAUCUUUAAAAAAGGAGUACCAUGACCCACUUAUUGCCUGGUAAGGCGACUGCUAUAUCUAGAAUGGAGAAGUAGAUGCAGAUGAGCUUGGUUCUUUCCAUUCACGUCUGUGGGAAUUCACCAAGCAAGCAUGCUCAACAUAAAGGCGAAUGGACUUCCUUACAGGUGAAUGGAGAGAUGUGCCAGCAAGCAGCCACCUCACCAGGCAGGACAGGGGUAGGUUAUAGGUACAGUUCCCAGAGGUAGUACCUGCAUUGAUCAGACAUUUCCUGCAGGAAUGCCAUGAAUAUAUAGGAAUACCCAUUUAAAGAGCACCAGGUCUAAAGUAAUCUAAAAAAGUAACUUCCAACUGAUUAUAAACAUUUCAGAAAUGGCUGUAUACAGUAUGUGAUCAAUAACCCACAAAGUAAAAUCUGGCCCAGUAUUCAAGCUUAGUUAUUUUCAGCCUUGAUGUUUUUGCCUUACUUGAUGCACAACGAUUUGUAAUGUUCAAUAGAUGUACAGAAUAUAUUCUUUGUAGGUUUUGUGUGCAUCCUGUUGUAUUCUAAUUGUAUUGUGAUUACAAAAAUCAUUAAGAAACUGAAAAAACAGGAAAUUCAGAAUGGUAGGUAUUCCAGUGGAUAUGUAUGUCAGCCCCCUUCGUAAUCUGCUGUUACAAACACCCGGAAACCAUGCAACUGGUAUCUAUCACAGCCAAGUAAAUCUUGUAGUGUCAGUCCUAUCAGCCUAAUAAGAUGAGCACACUACACGUCAUAAUUUCAGAUUGGCAUUCUCAAAUGUAUCAUUAUUGCAAAAAUCCCUGUUACUAUUUUGUAAGUACAGUCCAUUUGUAGGUUCUUUGUACUAUUUAUACAUGAUUUUCAGACUGCCUUUCUUUUUGUAAAAUUAAGGUUUACAAUUAAACUCUCCCCUCAUUGUGUCUUCAAAGUGUACAUAAAUUGUAAAAUAAUGUUGUGCUAGAAUGAAAUUCAAGACUUACUGGCCUAAAAGUGAUUAAAGUGUUGUGUGGGUGUGUGCAUGUGUACAUUUGAUGUGUAAAUUCUUUUAUAUAAAUAAAUUUGAUAUUUUGUA